GAAGCAUACAUAUUUAAUGGCGAAGGCGUAUACAGAAUUUUAGAGAUAAACACCCAAGAUGUGAAUUUCAAGAUGCAGGUAAGAAAAUAGUUGUUUUUUUCUAUAUUAUAUAAGUUGGCCUAAAAUGUUUUUAGAGUUAACUUAAAAAUAUAAAAUUCACUCUUGAAAUCGGUUAUUUUUGUAUCUCAGUAUUCAUGUUUACUUAUAUGUAUAUAUAAUAUAUAUAUUUCAGGAAUUAGUUUGAUAUCAUUUCAUUCCUUAACAUAACAAAUUCUAAAUAUAAGACAACAAUAAGGUAGGUAUUGGAAUAGAGGUUGUAAUUAUCAGUAUUAUAAUUAGUAUUAUUUUUUUACAGUAAAUGCUGGGACUCACAAGCAAAAAUUUUAAAUUUUUUCUUUUGGUUGUAUUUUUUUUUUUUUUUUGUAAUCCACCCUCAGGCAAUUUUUAUGAUAACCUCAUUAUUUCCAUAACUCGGAAUGAUUUAUCAUUUUUUCAUCCUUAGGGCCGAACAUGUCGUGCUGUAGGCCGAUACAGUAAAUGCUGGGACUCACAAGCAAAAAUUUUAAAUUUUUUCUUUUGGUUGUAUUUUUUUUUUUUUUGUAAUCCACCCUCAGGCAAUUUUUAUGAUAACCUCAUUAUUUCCAUAACUCGGAAUGAUUUAUCAUUUUGUCAUCCUUAGGGCCGAACAUGUCGUGCUGUAGGCCGAAGUGGUAAUCUAACUGAUGCUACAAUCUGGUGUGGACUGGCCAUGAUGAGCACAAACAACGACACCAUGAGGAUAUCCAUGAAUGAUAAUGGCACAAGUGAUAUAUCUUUUAUUUAGUAUUUUAUCAAAUAUCAUCCUGUAUGCAGUGGCGUAGCUAGGGGAGGGGAAGGGGAUCGAAAUUUGAAAGUCCCCCCGGGCCCCUAUUUGAAGGGGGCCCCCAAAGGAGUGUCCGGAAUUUUUUUAACUUAAAAAAUGUCGAAUGUCAAAAUGCAGGGGCCCCCAAAGAGGCCAAGCCCCCCGGGCCCCCAAAUCCCUAGCUACGCCCCUGCUUGUAUGUGUGUAGUUCAAAUUAUUUCAGUCUGACAGAGUUUUGACCUAAUCAAAAGAAUUAUUUUUCAAUGUAAGCUUUGGGAACUGCAAAUAUUUAAUUCAAUAAAUUAACUUGAGUUUUCCAUAUUUUUCAACGUAUAGAUAUUUUAAAUGAGCUGAAUAAAAAAACUCAAACACCCGAUAACUAGAGAUAACCGAUGAGAGUCAUGCCUGCCUGGUCCUUUGAAGACCAGAUUAGCUCCACUUUUCCAUACAAAAAAAACAAAACGUUUAUGAAAAGGAUUAAGCAUUGCUUUUUUCAAAUUGCUUCAGCCCAGCCCAGACGUUCAAUCGCCCUUUUCCUGCAGCAGAUUCUACAUACUCCCUUAUGA